AAGUUUCGUUUAUAUCGUAGCCUUUUUUAUCAUCCUAAUAAAAAAACACACUUGACUAGUAAUCUGAGAGGCGCGCGUUCAAUAAAUCGACCGAAAAGUUGGCAGCGGAACAAAUGAUUUGAUCUUCACAGCUCUGCAACUUUAUUGGUGUGAGCCCUGCUUAUGCAUAAUUUUUCGAAAUGUUGUUUUCUCGUGGAGUUUAUAAUUGCUGAAUCGAGUUUGGUCUUAUAGAUUUUAAUAUUUUCAGUGUGAGCCAUUGGAUUAUUAAAUUUUAUGCUUACAGACGUCUAGACGUAUCAUUCCAGCAUUCAGAAAACUGAAUUAUUUGUUGUAAAUGGUAUGUCAGUAUGUAAAUAGAUUAGGAUUCAUUCAUUCGCCAGAAAUGAUUCUACAAAUAGAAAACGAAUAUAGCAAUAGGAGGGAGACUGACUGACUGAACUAGACAACUACAGAACUGAAAAAAUGUCUGAAGUGAUGCCAGAAGCAAAAUAUACCAAGUUUGGUGAGAAGAUUCGCCAUGUCAUUCCUGGACCAAUGCAAUGUUCGAUGGCAUGUGGAGGAAGAAAUUGUAAAUGGGAAAACCCAUCAAGAUGGUCUGAUGAAGAUCAAGUGAUUAAAGGAGUCUUCUCAUCAUGGGUAUUAGAUGAGGUUGUUGCAAUGUCUCGGCCAUCAACAGAGGUCAUAAAGAAGUAUGAUCUCAUCAAGCAAUUCAAGGAAAGUAACAUAUCUUCUAUAAUUAACCUUCAACGUCCUGGUGAACAUGCAAGUUGUGGACCUCCAUUACAUAAGGAAAGUCAAUUCACCUACGACCCGCAGAUAUUCAUGGAAAAUGAUAUAUUUUUCUACAACUUUGGAUGGAAAGAUUAUGGAGUUACGUCUUUGGAAACAAUAUUAGAUAUGGUAAAAGUUAUGGCAUUUGCCUUAACAGAAGGAAAAGUUGCAGUACACUGUCAUGCUGGACUGGGUAGAACAGGUGUGCUUAUUGCAUGUUACCUGGUGUAUGCCCAUCGCAUGGAUGCAUCUUCUGCAAUAAAUACUGUAAGGAAAAGAAGACCCAAUUCUAUACAAACUCGUGGACAAAUUGCCUGUAUUCAAGAAUUCGCACAAUUUUUGAAACCACUGAGAAUAGUAUUCCCUCAAGUAGUACCACAUGCAGAACGUUUAAAUUUGACACAAUUUCUACAUCGACAACGCCAUUUGUUACAUGGCUUCGAAUCUCGCGAAUUACGAUACACUCCGAAGAUUGUUAGUUUGGUUUGUCAAAGACUGAUUGAAAUUGCAACAACGUCUGAUGAUACAAGUUUGUAUGACAUGAGAACUCGUUCGAAUACAGGUCCAAGACCAAGAGGUGGAAAGAAAAGUAGAAAGUUACGCAGAAGUAACACAAUUGAGACACUCAAAGAAACGUUACCUGGUGCAUUUGUUAAUGAACAUCUUGAUGGCAACGAGAUGAAUCUGAAUCCUGGGUAUUCUCAGAAAAUGAAUGCGUUACUUUCUCCUCGAUUCAGUCGUCGAAAUGACAGUGCAAAAUCCAAGUCAAGUUCUGUUGAUUCGAAAUCACAUAGCCGUCCUGAGAGCCCUGUUACAUGUGAUAUAGAUGCUAUAAAGCCGGAACAAAAUUUCAAUUCCAACAAUAAGUCUAAUGCACCAAUUCUAGUUGCUACUGUAUCUGCACCCCAAUUUCUUCCUUCUACUACUUCCAAUGAUCACAGUGGGGAUAAUAAUAAUAAAGUUCCUGGUGAACCUCAGGUUGUGUUAGUAAAGCAAGGUUCCCGCACUGGACUACUCUCAACAGCAACCAAUGUUGCCCAGCCACAGAGUACGGAUGCAAAUAUUAACAAUAAUAAUCAAAUUGUGACCCCAUCAGUGAAUUUACAAAAACAACCUCCUCUAUUUACUUUGGGAUCAAAUUCAGAGGAUACUGUGCAGGUGGUUGAAAAAGAACUGCCUAAAGAGAUUACUUGUUCUCAAGAUGAUAACGUUAUACCGACAAAAACAAAUCUUCCAUCCCCAACACUUUCGAUUCAUGAGCCUCAGAUAUCUCCCAGGGGUAAACCACCAACGCUACCAAAUAAAGAUGUUCAAAUCGCAGCAGGUGAUAAAGUAACAAUUCAAAAUGUGCGAACUCCAGCUGGUCAAUCUCAAAGAAUAUUACCGACUGGAAUGCCAUCAAUAGGUCGUGUUGGAAGUGGUAAAGGAAAGAUGUUAUCAUUUUUUGCAGAAGAGAAAGCAGAUAAAUUGGAAGGUGGAAUCAAUGAUGAUGCGAAGUCUGAACAAAAUAACGAAGAAAACCAAGUCAAUGGAAAUAAUGAAGAAGAUAAACCAGAUGAUAAUAAUGUUGACAUAACUGACAAUUGCCCGAACGAAUCGAUUGUAGAAGAUAAACAGGAGGUCUUUGAUGAGGAAUUGUUAGAUCAAGAAUUGGAAAUCGUUGAAAUGAAAGAUGAUGACGGACAUUUUUUAUCAGAAUCUGAGAGUGAAAAAGAAGAUUCUAAACCUGAUAAGUUUCUCUCCCAAUCAACAUCAUCAAAAAUCAGCUGGACUGAACAAAUUGGCAAAAAUGCUGGGGAUGAAUGCAAUAUUGAUACGAAAAAUGAUAGUUUGCUGAAUAAUAGCAAUGAAGAGUUGUGUAGCCGCAGUACACCUCUAAUGAGCAGAGUUGAUCACAGCAAAGAGUUUUUGGCUGAUGAAAGGGCUACUGAUAAGGAAGAAACAUCCAUGAAGAAAGAUCAGGAUGAUUCGGAAGAUCCGAAGUUAACAGAUGCAGUUGAUAUAAAAUCUAAUGAUAACGAUAGAAUUGGUGAUUUAACACUUCCAUUGCCUAAAAGUUCUCCAACAAGCAAAAAACGACCAAAAUCAGCAAGUUUUCUGAAAAGAAUGUCAGCAAAACAAAAUGGAGCACAGAAGCAACCACCUUUAAGGAAUUUAACACUGACUCAAAGUCUUUGUGAUUUGAGAAACUAUGAAAAAAUAUCGCAUGAUGACCUUUUCCUUAUGACGACCGAGAUGACCAAUGAUAUUUUUCUUUCUCUUUCUCCUGGUAGUAAAAGCAGUAGUAGUGAUGAUGUUCGAACUCCGACUGGUUCUGCGUCAAAAAGAAGAAUCAAGGAUCCAAUUACAGUGGCAAUGGCACUCGCAUAUAAACUAACUGACAAUGAAUGGCUUUGGGAAAAGGUUUACACAAAACAAGUUGAACUGAACACCAGAGAAGGAGCAUGGUCAGGUGUUGAACAAGAGGUCGAUGCACAUCUUCUUGCUUGUUUAAUGUGGUCAUGGAUCGAACAUUUAUCAGAACCUGUUUUGACACUUCCAAAUAUUGAGUAUUUAAUUAAAGAAUCUCGACCAAGUCACAACAAAAUAUCUUCGGCCACAGAAUGUCCUGACCCCAUAUUAUUUGAGAAAGCUUUGAAAAGUUUGGGAAAGUCUAUUUCUUCAACAAUGCAAUGUGUAAUAAGCUGCCUACUUAGUCUUCCACCUCUUUCGUAUGAAUUAGAAGCUUCCGUUAUUAGAAGAGUUACUUCCGCAUUGACUCAGUUUUAUAUUGACGAUGACACUGAAAAUCCUGAAAUUCUUGAACAGAGUAAAAAGCAAGAACAAUUGGUUUCUCUUUUUCAAAAUUAUUUGGUGAAGAUGAGAGCAAGAAGUGCAAGGAAACAAUCUAUCAUUGAUGAGAAAAAUUCAAAGGAAAAUGAGAUUUCUAAUUUGAAUAAGAAAGAGAAGAGAAAUGAAAACAACAAUAAUGCAGUUGAUGAGAAGAAAACAGAAAAUUUUGACGAUUCCAAGAAAGGCUUUUCUAAAGCUGAAGGUGAUAAUACAUCUUCAACUUCCAAAGUUUCAGAAUUACCACUACGUAUAGCAGUGUCAUGAUUUUUUGAAUCUUCCAAUCAAGCAACGAGAACCGAUCAAUUUUAGAAUAAGUAAUUGCAGGGCGUUUAACUGAUUCAAUCAGAAAUACUCGGACAUGCAACAACUCCUCUUAUAGGAUAUUAUGUGUUUUGACUUGCAGUAUAUGGUUACCUUCUAUAUAGUAUAAACUUUUUCAACUAUUUUUAGAUAAAUAUUUGGCACAGAUACAGUGAAUAUUCCAUAUUAUUCAAUUUAGUUGAGAAAUUCAUAUGACAUUGCCUAUUUUGUUGAUUGACUAGACUGGCAAUGUGGUUUUAUUCUGAAUACAUUUAUGUACUUCCAUCCUUCAAUCUCAAAAAUCUUCCACCUGCUUAUUCUUUCAUCAUUAUAAUUUUUUUAUUCUUCCACAUCGAUUUCUUCAAGUUACUGUAAUUUUUGCACAUUUUUUAUUAAACAUUUGCACUUAACAAACAAAACAUUUAUAGUUGUUCCAAAAAUAUAUCCACUGACCUGACCUUUUCUCCAAUUUUUUCAUAUUUUAUCUCCUGAUUUAUGAAGCAAAAUUUGUAUAUUAUUAUCGAACAUAUUCGUUACUGGUGAGCACUUUUUGAAGUUUCUGAAUUUCCUAGUAUAUAUUACAAUAAAUCUGUAUUGAGCACUCGAAUCAAUAAUUCCACUAUUGUUAAUUUGGUUUAACUAAGUAUCCUUGUUUGUUAUCACAACUUUCUAUUACUGUUGCAUAUAUGUUUAGAAAUGUCAUUGUUGCCAGUCCCGUAAAGAAAGAUAUCAAAUAAACUCAUUAAAUUGAAAUAUUUAGCGUUGUGGAAAAACUUUCUCAAUUUAUAUAUACUUUUCACUUUGUUUUUUAAUCAUCUUCAAUAUAAUCUGUUAAUAAUAAUCCAAUAUUUUCAAGCUUGUCAACUUAA